AGAGACCAAGGCGGAAGCUCCCGGCGGCGAGCCUGGACAGGCGCCGGUGACGAGGGACGCUGGGGUCUUCAGGUUGUUUUUAGAGAUUUUCAUAAAUCACAAUAAUUUUUAGACUAUAUUGAUACAGGAAUCAUGAACACCAAAGAUUUUGUAGUUCUUCCAUGGGGAAAACCAGGAAAUUCUGUAAAGUUAAAAUAUAAAAAUGCUCAAGAGCUGCGGAUGGAGAAAAUACAGUUAAGGUUGGAGAACCAAGAGAUGGAAAAGAAACUACAAGAAUUACAAUCAACAAUGAGCAAAGAAAAGAAAGAAAGAGAGUCAAGUGGAUAUCGCUGGAAAUCUGGACAAGCAGGCAAAUUGGAUAAUCAAUCAUACAUGAUGUCACAAAAUAAAGGAAAUGUUAUUAAGCUUUCUGCUGGAAAAGUGAAAUUAAAGUUACUGAAAGACCAGAUUCAAGAGCCUGUAAAACAGCUUCUCAAACAUAAAAUGGCAAAUUCUUCUGAAAGUGAAAAACCCAAGAUAAAAGGGAAGGUUUGUGGCCAGUGUGAGAACAAAGCUGCUCUUCUAAUAUGCCUUGAAUGUGGAGAAGAUUAUUGUUCAGGCUGCUUUGCUAGAAUUCACCAGAAGGGGGCACUGAAACUCCAUAGAACAACUCUUUUGCAGGCAAAAUCUCAAAUAGUAUCCAGCAUAUUGAAUGUUGCCCAUCAGUUUAUAAGAGAAGUUAAUCCACAUGAUCCCAAAGGGGAGAAUCAUUCUACGAAAGAGGUGGAAAUGACAACAUCAAAAAGAGCAGAAUCUACAAAUAAAAAAGAUGGACCCCUGUGUGAAGGGUCGUUUGAUGAAGAAGCUUCUGCUAGGUCUUUUCAGGAAGUUUUAAAUCAAUGGAGAACUGGAAAUCAUGAGAACACUGAGAAAGAGAACUUACGUGGAACAAAACCAGACUCAGUGGAAGCAUGUGAAGUACAAACUAAUCUGAAAAUUUGGAGAGAACCUCUUGAGAUUGAAUUUAAGGAAGACAGUCUAUCCUACAUAGAAAAAUUAUGGCUUAAAAAACACAGGAGAACUCCACAGGACCAACUUCUUAACAUUCAACCGGCUACAUUCAUCCGUUCAUGUAAAACCACUAGUGAGACACAGUUUUCUCAGGAUGAAAAUGAUGAAAAUGAUGACAAUAGUGAUGUUGAGGAGACCAAAGUACAACAUCCAGCUCUUUUUUUGCCAGUAGAAAACAGAGAAGAAGUGAGACCUGAACCAUCUUUAAAGAUAAUAGAACUGGAUGAUACUUAUGAAGAGGAAUUUGAAGAACCAGGAGAUGUUGUGCCUUACAAGGUUGAAUUAGCUGAUGCAGAUAGUCAACAAAGUUGGAUAUUUCAUGAUUUUCAGAAGAAUACUUUUCCAUAUCAGAAUGACAUCUAUCAACUUAAUUUCACUAAGGAAAAAACAGGCCUCUUAAAUCUUUGUCCGAGCAACAGCUCUUCAUACUGUAAAAAUAACUCAAAAGCAGGAACUCCAAGUACAGAUUUUGACAACAUUGCUCAUCCUGAUGUUUGCUUUUCUGCCACUGAAGAAAUAGAGGAAAGCAGCCUUUCUGAAAGAAAUUUAAAAGAGAAAAGUGUAGAUAUAGAAAGUAAUCAAAACUCUGAUGAUUCCAGCACUUCACUUAAAAGUAAGGAUUCUUUGCCAAGUAUAGAUUUAGAAGAACCUUCCAUUGAGGAGAAAUUAUCCCAAGACAUCAAAGAAUCCUUGGAAUUUAAUAAUCUGUAUGAGAGACCAAACUUAGAAGAUACUAAAACUGCAGAGCCACCACUGUUGUUACAAGAAAUAGCCCUCAGAAGUAAGCCUAUAAAUGAACAGUAUCAAGGACUUGAAAGAUUCUUUAUUUUUGAUAAAAAUGAAAGACUCAACUUACUUCCUUCUCAUAGCUUAGAAUGCAUCUCUUCCAGUACUAGGAUUACACUUGCAGGAGAGAGAGAAUGGUUCCCAGACCAAAGCUUAAGUGCAUAUGCUGAUAAUGCCCUUGCCCUAGAUGUUGUGCAGAGUGCCCAGAACCCAUCACAAAGUAGAACACAGAAAAAGACGGGACGGACAUCACAGAGACCUUCAACAGUAAAUUUACCACUUUCUAAUUCCAUUAAAAAUAGCUCCAGCUGCUUUUCAUCCUCUCAGCCUCGACCAAGAAGUGCAGCUGUUCGAUCAUUAUCUAGAGCUGCUUCUGAAAUUUCAGAAAUUGAAUAUAUUGAUAUUACAGACCAGAAUGAACCUUUCUUAGAUGAUGCUGCUGAUCAACAAACCUUAGACAGUUUGGAAAGAGAAUUAAAUGUGCUGAGAAAUCCUACAGAUCUUCCAGAAAAACUUUACACCCUAACCUUAGAAGAAUUAUCAGCCUUGAGCAACGAUUUGCAAAAUAUAAGUCAGACUACCACAGAACUCCUUAAGAUCUCACACGCAAGGGACCCAUGUGGAGUUGAGGAACUGAGCUAUUCUGGAGAAGAUACUGAAAUUCUGUCUUGGCUGACACUUGCUGAGAGCAGUACAGAUGAAGAGGACGAGGAUUUUCUUGACAAGCAACGUGUCAGCAUGCUACCAUGGUCAAAGAGUAUUUAAUGACCAUCUGCUCAUUACUUUUUCCAUUUUGUGCCCAGAGUAAGGCAGACAGUUGUAGAAAGUAACCAAGUGCUGGAGAUUUUGAUUAUUAAUAUAUCUGAUAUUUCAAGGCUUAAAGACUAAUAAAAAUAGUGAAAAUAUAAGUUUAAGAGCUUUUUGUUCCAAAUGAUAUAUCUGAGACCCUAAUGUAUAUUACAGAUCAUAUUAGUAAAGCUUGGUGAAUCUUAAGAAAUAGCAGUUAUAACUGUGUCUCUAGAACCCACCUUAGGAUAAAACAUGGUUACAUUUAAAGUCAUAGUUCAUUGUUAAAUUAUAAAUACUGAUGUCUUCAACAAUAGUGUACAUUUGACUGCCAAGUCACAUGCAUAUCAGUAUCAUCCACUGAACCUGGGAUCCAUUUUUUACUUUAUUAAUUACAGUUUUGUUUCUGUUAGUGUUUUUUAUUUUUUAGAAGUUCUGGUAACUUCAAAAGUUGGUACUGGAAGAUUCCAAGUAGAAAAACCCUUAUAUAAGACUGCUGAUGAUUGUUUCCUGGAAAUUUAUUUUUGAUACUUCCAUGCCAUCAAUAAAGCGUACUGACAUUCACAGACAUCAUCUGAGAGGAGAGGAUAUGAUUAUGAAGAGACCUGUGGCCAUUUCUGUGUCUUUCAAUAUAAAAAUGCCCUUUAUUAAAACUAAUUAACAUAAAUGAAUAUUAAGAAAUCAGCAAAACCAAUGAUACUUUUGGAAUAAAAUGUUUCAAAACAAACAUCUUACACAGAGUGUGACUUCUCAGUAAUGUUUACUGCCUUUUCGCUUUUCUUCUACCACAUUCCCAUAGACAAUGGUCAGUCACCCUUGAAUCUGCAUCGUUUGUGUCAAAAAAAAAAAAAAAAACCCCAAAAAAAAUCCUAGUAUCUUGUUCU